AAAGGCCCCAUAUGUUAGUUUCAUGGACAGUCCGCAGUGCAGCAAAAUCUUGGAGGGUUUUGGGCGUCGUCUUCUUCAUUUCUCCCCAUCUAUGAUCUUUCACUCUGCGCUAAAUUAACAAAACCCACCUCCUUAAACCAAUGUUACAGCGCCUCUGAUUCCAUAUUCCGGCUGCCUUCCACCGAUUUUCUCUCUCCACGGUUGCAAUUUUAGGGAUUAGGGUUUUCCGGAUCUUACAAUUUGGCACGAUACCAAACAAUGAGUUUGUUCUUGAAAUUGAGGCAGCAUUUCCCAACUGGGUUCCUCCCAAAACCCUACAUUUCAUCUCUAAUCUCUUCAAAACCCCUAAAUUCUACCUGGGUUUAUCGCACUUAUGCUCAACCUGCUCUCCAAGAACAAGAAUUUGAAGAAGUUGAAUUUGAUCCCAGAAAACUCCCAGCAGAUUACGACCCUUCAAAAUUCGAUCCAACCUCGCAUCGAAGCCCACCAAGUGACAGAGUUUUUAGGCUGGUUGAUGAGGUUUCAUCUCUCACAUUGGUAGAAGCAGCUGAGUUAGGUACAGUUUUGAUGAAGAAAAUGGGGAUGAAAGAAGAUGAGGUUCCUAUUAUUGGGGUGUUGAACCCUGGGGCAGCGGCCGGGCUAGCUCAAAUGGCGGCGAAUUCACCUGCUGGCGUUGCUCAGGAGGAGAAGAAGGAAGAGAAGACUGUGUUUGAGUUGAAGUUGGAGUCAUUUGAGGCGGCUUCAAAGAUUAAAGUUAUAAAGGAGAUAAGGGCAGUUACUGAAUACGGGUUGAAGGAAGCUAAGGAUUUAGUGGAGAAGACACCUUCGAUUUUUAAGAAAGGUGUGCCUAAGGAGGAAGCUGAGCAGAUUAUUGAGAAGAUGAAAGCUGUUGGAGCUAAAGUUAUCAUGGAAUGAGGAUGGAAUUGUUGUGUUUCAUUUGCAAAAGGUAGGCUUUUUGAAUUAGAUGAGUUUUUUGGGCAUUGAUUAACUUAUGGAGGUUCUGCUAUCUUUGUUUACUGCAUCUUCAUUGAGUAGUAAUUGAUUGAAUUUGAAUGCUGUAAGUUUGACUAGAAGGGUAAAUUUGACUUAUGUACAAUGUAGUUGUUUAUCUAUACCUGAUGUUUUCGCCUGGUUUAGGAUGUUAUAGACAGAGGUUCUGCAAAGUUUGUGUUUCUUUGACAGCCUUUCAAUAAGGAUCAGGUUUAUAGUUGCUUCAACUUUCAUAAUAUGAUCAGGUUUCGAAUAUUUUGAUUAUGUAAAUCAUUCGAGUGAUGAUUGAUGUUCGUUGUUUUUCUUUGUUA